AUCCCAGAAUGCACUGCGAGCCAGCUGUGGUCUGUUGCUCGUGUCCGCCCUGGGCCUGUUAUUUUGCCACUUUAUUAAGUUUCGAUAUUUUCAGACUAUAACGGUUUAGAGAGAUAAUACGUGGUCAGUCUAAACAAGAUUACCGUAUUCGGGAAGGUUGGUGUUAUAACUUGUCAAGUACCGCGUCCGAACUAUUCUCGAGCUCAAUUCAAAGGUGACGUCGGUUCAGUGGGCGUGGCUGUGACUUGCUGGGAAACGUGGGCGUUUCCGCUGGACUUGACUUAACGGGGAUCGAAAGUGUUGACUUUAUGUGCUGAAAGACAAAUGUUGGCAGCGGGUUAAUGAGACUAAGUCAAGUAUGGAAACACAGGAUCUGUGAUAUAAAAUAGUUUUGUUGUGUCAGCACCGCGUUUUAUUGAUCUUCUGUGUGGUCUUCAUCCGGGUUCUGAAGUCGGGACAGCUGGGUGGAGAAGUGCGGAUGGCAGAGGGGUUUAUGACUGGCCCGGAUGACCAAAGCCGUGAGGACAACCACGAUGUUCGUCCGACGUGUACGUAAUAUAAACAGUGAAGUGGUUUCUCUGCUGUGAUGCUGCUAAAGAUGUUGGGUGGUCAUAUCACCAAUGGUCUUAUCAAUCAUCAAUCAUCAAUCACCUACUAAAUCACUGUGUUUUGAUUGUCAACAGGCAGCUCAGUCUCCAGAAGCCUCCAGUUCAUCUGAUGUUGAGGUUUAAUUAGCUACUAACAUCAAUUUGAUCCAUUUAAUGUCAGACUGAUAAAGUCUUAACACAGUCCCUGUGUGUAAAGGGUUGAAGUGCACGUUAAAAUGAAGUAAACCUUUUGUUUGUAAGAGAGGCCGGUACCAUUUGGAUAGAAAUAUGUAUUGAACGUGUGUUUACUUUUUUCACUGACAGAUGAAAAUAAAUAGACUGUACCAGUCAAAGCUUAGUGGCACGGGGCAAGAUGAGGAAGAAAGAAAGAAGAUGAUGAGGAUGAGCGAGGAAGACGAGACUAUUUCCCCAGCGUUGGAAAAAACCCGAGAUGAGGCCGGGGUACACAGGAAAUGCUUGGAUAAUUCAUAGAGGUUUGGUUGUGAAGGAGAGCUGGUGAGGAGACCAGGUUUACAACUGGCCAGACCGGGCUGCCAGUUGCAACACGCUGUGCUGUAACUCGGAGGGAAGCUGGAAACAUGAGCGCCCAGGACAGAAGUGUGGUCAGCGCACCGCAGUUAACCGGUAACACUGCGAACAGGGAUAUAAACCUCAUUUUAAACUACACACAUGGUCCACUUCCUGCCAGCACAGAUCAGACUGACGUGGUUUCUUCCCAAACCAAAGAAACCAUCGAAAAGCACCAAGAUGAACUGAAAUCUUACCUCCAAAAUAAAACAAAGGAUUUGUUUCAAGGGAUAAAGGAGCAUGAAUCUUCGACUCCUUUGAGCAAGAGCUAUACGGAGCUUUACAUCACACUUGGAGGCAGUGAGGAGGUUAACCCCGAACACAAAGUGGCUGAGUUAGAAGGUAAAAGGUCCACGAGUGAGGAAAAGAAAAUUGACCUCAAUGACAUUUUUAAGCCUCUACCAAACGAGGAGACCCCUCCCCAGAAAGUCCUGACGAAGGGAAUCGCUGGCAUUGGAAAAUCUGUCGCUGUGCAGAAAUUCACUCAUGACUGGGCAGCAGGAGCAGCCAACCACACGGUUCAGUUCAUAUUUCCCUUCACUUUCAGAGACUUGAAUCUGAUAACCAAACCACGUUUGAGUCUUGUGGAGUUAAUAUCUGACUACUUUGAAGAAAUGAAGGAUUUGGAAACAGACUACAAAAAUUCAAGUGUUCUGUUCAUCUUCGACGGCCUGGACGAGAGCAACCUCCCUCUGGACUUUGAGAAAAAUGAGACGUGCCGCAGUCCUACAAAGCCUACAACAGUAGACGCCCUGCUAACCAACUUGAUCAAAGGGGAGCUGCUGCACAAAGCCUCAGUCUGGAUCACAACUAGACCGGCCGCAGCCAGUAAGAUUCCACCCAGGUUCAUCCACAGACUGACCGAGGUACGAGGCUUUAAUGAUCAGCAGAAGGAGCAGUACUUUCAAAAGAACAUCAGGGUCGAGGGCAUGUCCCAGAAGGUCAUAAGUCAUCUACAGCGUAGAGAGCUGGGAAGUCUGUACAUCAUGUGCCACAUCCCGGUGUUCUGUUGUAUUUCAGCUGCAGUUCUGCAGAAUCUCCUCACUGACACUCAGGACAACGAGCUGCCCAAGACGGUGACCGAAAUGUACACACACUUUCUGAUCAUCCAGACAAAACGGAAGCAUGAGAAGCAUUAUCAGAAAGGUGAAACAGACAAAGACGUCAUCAUGAAAAUGGGAAAGCUGGCGUUUGAGCAGCUGAAGGAGGGAAACAUCAUUUUCUCUGAAAAAGAUCUACAAGCUUGUAACACGGAUCCUAAAGAGGCGUCCGUUUAUUCAGGACUUUGUACACAGAUCAUAAGAAAAGAACAUGGCCUGUACAGACAGGACAGAUACUCCUUUAUACAUUUAAGUGUUCAGGAGUUCCUUGCCGCUCUCUAUGUAUUAGAGACAUUAAACAGCAGUGGUGAAAAUCUGCUUCCGAGGAGUGGUGAUAAUCUGCCUCAGACGAGGGUGAAACGUCGAUCAGAGAGAAGAGAAAAUCCUGUCGCCCUCCUCCACAAGCGUGCAGUGGACAUGGCCUUGGACACCAAGCACGGACGAUGGGACUUGUUUCUGCGCUUCCUGCUUGGUCUGUCACAGGGCAAGAAUCAGGCACUUCUUGAGAAAAUAUUUGAAAACAAACGAGACCGUCUGCAGAGCAACCAGGAGACAAUCAAGUACAUUCACAAUCGGAUCAGGAAACCUUCCUACUCUGAGACAAGUAUCAAUCUGUUCCACUGUUUAAAUGAGCUGGGUGACCAGUCGCUGGUAGAGCAAGUCCAAAUGUACCUGAGCUCUGGAGAUGUCAACAAAAUUUUACCUGCACAUUGUUCGGCUCUGGCCUUCCUGCUGCUUGUUUCUGAGGAAAAUCUGGAUGUUUUUGACCUGAAGAAAUUCUGCCGAUCAGAUGAAGCUCUGCAAAGGCUGGUGCCAGUGUUCAAAGCAGCAAAGACAGCUUUGUUAAGUGACGGUGACCUCACUGACAAAUGCUGCGAGUGUAUUUCAUCAGUUCUCGAGGUGGAGCCUUCCUGUCUAGAGGAAUUAGACCUGAGCAGAAAUGAACUGCAGGACUCUGGAAUAGAGAAGCUCUCUGUCGGCCUGAAGAGUCCAAGCUGCAAAAUCCAGAGACUCAGACUCAGUGGCUGCAACCUGUCAGAGAGAAGCUGUGAAACUUUGGUCCCAAUUCUUGGCUCCGAGUCGUCCAGUCUGAGAGACCUGGACCUGAGUAACAACGACCUGCAGGACUCGGGAAUGAAGCUGCUGUCUGCUGGACUGGAGAGUCCGCGAUGUGGACUGGAAACUCUGAGGCUGUCGGGCUGUAUGGUCACAGAGGAAGGCUGUGCUUCUCUGGCCUCGGCUCUGAGCUCCACCCACUCCCAUCUGAGAAGGUUGGACCUGAGCUACAAUCGUCCAGGAGACUCAGGAGUGGAGCGUCUGUCUGCUGGACUGAAGGCUCCACGCUGUAAACUGAACACUCUCAGACUCAGUGGCUGUAACCUGUCAGAGAGAAGCUGUGAAGCUCUGGCCUCAGUUCUCAGCUCCCUGUCCUGCAGUCUGACAGACCUGGACCUGAGUAACAACGACCUGCAGGACUCGGGAAUGAAGCUGCUGUCUGCUGGACUGAAGAGUCCGCGAUGUAGACUGGAAACUCUCAGGCUGUCAGGCUGUCUGGUCACAGAGGAAGGCUGUGCUGCUCUGGUCUCAGCUCUGAGAUCCAACCCCUCCCAUCUCAAAGAGCUGGACCUGAGCUACAAUCAUCCAGGAGCCUUGGUAGAGAAGCAGUUGUUGGCUGGACUGAAGGACAUUGUCAGGCUGGAACAUGGUGGAGAGCAGAGGCUGAAACGUGGUCUGAGGAAGUGGGUCAGUGAACUCACACUGGACCCAGACACAGCACAUGGGCUCCUCACACUGUCUGACAACAACAGGAGGGUGACAUCCAACAGAAACAAGUGCAAGCAGGCGGAUCCCGAUCAUCCAGAUAGGUUUGACCACUGGCACCAGGUGCUGUGUAGAGAUGCCCUGACUGGUUGCUGCUACUGGGAGGUGGAGUGGGAAGGAAAGGUUCAUAUUUCAGUGGCGUACAGGGGGAUCAGAAGGAAGGGGCGCAGUUUAGACAGCAGGCUCGGAUGUACUGAUCAGUCCUGGAGUCUGUCCUGCUCUGAUGACGGUUACUCUGUGAGUCACAAUAACAAAACAACAGCCCUCCAUCCUUCCCCUGCCUCUCACAGAGUAGCAGUGUAUGUGGACUGUCUUGAUGGCCAUCUGUCCUUCUACUGCGUCUCCCCUGAUGAACGGAUCCACCUCCACACCUUCAACACCACAUUCACUGAGCCUCUCUACCCUGGGUUCUGGGGUGGAUCUGGUUUUUCACUGUCUCUGUGCUCACCGGAGGAGGAAGUGUGAAUGCUGAUGAUAAUUAGUGUGGAGUACUGCUGCGAGGUUUACAGUGCCUGGUUCUUCCCACAGCUAAUAAGGCACGAGGUUCUUCACCACAUUUCUGUAACACAGGGUAAAAUUUUACAGAAGCGUAGUGGUGAUGUUUUAUCUUGGGGCGACUGUGGCUCAUGUGGUAGAGCGGUCAUCUCCCAACCACAAGGUUGAAACCUUGAAUCUCAGUGCCUGUAGUUGAAGUGUCCUUGGGCAAGAGACCGAACCCCAAGUUGUCCCUGAUUACAGAGCAGCACCCUACGGGGACAGUGCUGCCAUUGGUGUGAGUUGGCGCCACAGAUGGCUGCCUCGCAUCUGUACCAGAGGCAAAUUCCUUGUGUGUGUAACA